UGACGUCCUAGACGUCGGCGUACGUAGGGCGCAGGGUCGGCGGUAGCGUCAGUGAAGAGUGCGGUCCUCAGCGGCUCACCGUUGAGGAAGGUGCAGCGUUGCACAUUUACCUAUCUUCGCCUAUUGAGGCGCGCCUGUUAGGAAGACUGUGAGCCGAGGGACGGAGGCGCGCCUGUUAGGAAGACUGUGAGCCGAGGGACGGAGGCGCGGGGAAGUCUCGCAGGCGUUCACGCACGCUGCGUUGCCUCCACUUCCGCGUUGUCGACUUCCGGUCGCCGCCAUCUUGCUAACGCGGAAGCCCCUGGCUGGGUGGGAGUCCGCGCCGGGAGCGCGGACUGUGCUGACGGCGCUAUGCCGUCGUCGCCGCUGCGUGUGGCGGUGGUGUGCUCGAGUAACCAGAACCGGAGCAUGGAGGCGCACAACAUCCUCAGCAAGCGAGGAUUCAGCGUCCGGUCCUUUGGAACAGGAACUCACGUGAAGCUCCCAGGACCUGCACCCGACAAGCCCAAUGUCUAUGAUUUCAAAACCACAUAUGACCAGAUGUACAAUGACCUUCUCAGGAAAGACAAAGAACUCUAUACACAGAAUGGAAUUUUGCAUAUGUUGGACAGAAAUAAGAGAAUCAAGCCUCGGCCAGAAAGGUUCCAGAACUGCAAGGACCUGUUUGACCUCAUCCUGACCUGUGAAGAGAGGGUCUAUGACCAGGUGGUGGAAGAUCUGAACUCCAGGGAACAGGAGACUUGCCAGCCAGUGCACGUGGUCAAUGUGGACAUUCAGGACAACCACGAGGAGGCCACCCUGGGGGCCUUCCUCAUCUGCGAGCUCUGCCAGUGUAUCCAGCACACUGAGGACAUGGAGAACGAGAUCGACGAGCUGCUGCAGGAGUUCGAGGAGAAGAGUGGCCGGGCCUUCCUGCACACCGUGUGCUUCUACUGAGCCCCAGCCUGGCCCUCCU